AUGGAUAAAGAAAAAAAUUUAAUUGAAGGUUUACUGAUGAUCUGUCAAUCAAACAACUUAGAAGAAAAGUCGAGUGAAACUCUGAAAUUAAGAAGUGAACUACAGUCAGCAUCACAAAAACCAAAUAUGCGCACUAAGAAGAAAACGUUCAGAGCAUCAUCAUCGAGAAUGAAGUUCUCGUUAUUGAAGAAAUGA